UACGAGAUUACGUUUAAUGUCUUUUUACCAUAUAUGCAUAUUUUUGAAUAGCAAAUGUACCCAUGCUUGUGGUUUGUGCCAUAUGAUUUUUUUAAAAAUAUGUGCUGCAUUUUCUUUGGUAUAUUAAUCUAAGGUACUUUUUAAUAUUAGAAGUAAAGGUACACUAAGAAAGGAAAAUAGGUAAAUAGAAAAAAUGAACUAUUGGUGCUUUUAAUAUGAGCAGUUAUUUAGUUUGUCCACAAGGAGGCAGAAUCACAGCAACAAACAUACUGUACGAGCUCGACUACAGCACGAAAUAUGUCUGAAUUAGAUGCUGUUGUCAAACCAAUUCGUCUUAAUGUUUAUACUGUUAAUACUUGUGUAAUGCCAGUAAAAAUGAAGUGGCUUUUUUUGCUUACAUGUGGUCUGUUUGUUUAAUGAAAUGCAUUCGGUAAUGUUUCAGCUGUGUUUAUUGUAAACACUGCUUGGAAAGUGGAGGAAAUGUGUAAAUAAAGGUUGUUUUUAUAUGAUCCAUCUAUAUUCCUGAAACUAUUAAUCUCCUGUUCGCACUGUGGCUCUUCAUUGUAAUGAGACAGAAAGUCCAGCCUUGUUUUUUUCCGUCCAAUAAAAUGUGAAAUUACGCAGCGUGCGUGCCUGACAGCGGACGCGGCGCAGAGAGCGGCGGCAGACAGACAGGCAGCGGAGUUGGUACGAACAUCUUCGACUUCACAAACCAAAAACACCUCGACCGCUCUCCAGCUGCUCCGGGCUCGCAGACAUGCCUCGGACUGGUCGCCGUUCUCCGGGGGGAUUUACGCCGGAUUUAGCGUCCUGAUCGCCGCGGAGAAGAUGACUAAAUGUGAAGUAAACAGCGCAGGAGAAAGUGUGCCUUGUUUGGAGCUGAACGGGUCGUGUGCCACAACAUAAAACUCGGAGCGCAUCAAGGCCAGCAGCAGCCUGUAGCACUAGUUAGCUGCUCGGCUAACGCUAGCCCGCUAACGUUACAGGUGUUCAGGCAGAAAAUAACCAAACAUUAACUUGUAGCUGUAGUUAGCUGGCAACAAGCUAGGCUCCCAUGUCGUGACUUAAAACUGAACUUAAUGUGCCUGUUAUAAGCCUUUCAGCAAACGCCAAGUAGCAAGUAUAACACUUAGCAACAUUGUUAUUAGCCUUUAGCUUUUUAGUCAGACGCUGUCCCGUGUUUACAGCAGCAGCAGGCUAGCCUCACUAGCUACCAAGCUAGCGAGUUAACUUUAUAGCUACAUGUGCUUAUUUUCUUUUGUAGCUAAUUUUUCGCUCUUUAACCCGACUCGACCCCGGACUGGCAGUGUAGUUUAGUGAUACUCUUCGUAUUUGCAAGCCAGCCAGUUGGACUUUCUUUUUUCUAUUUUCCACCGUGCCUCUGCCCCUGGACUGACCCACCCACAAGGACUAUCUAUCCGGGGCCGAUGCUGACAGUUCAGCCCGGAUCACGGCAACGCCAGGAGCCGCUACAGCAAUGCAGCCCCAGCAGAUAUACGACUUUUCAAGUGACGAGAACAGUCAGAAAUGGAGAGGCCUCUUCGUGCAAGCUUUGCGAAAGGUACAGCAGCAGGUCCAUCCAACCCUCAAGGCGAAGGAGGACGCCCUGCAGCACAUCGAGGAGCUGAUCCUGCAGCUGCUCAACAUGCUGUGUGUGGCCCAGCCUCGCUCGGUGCAGGAUGUAGAGGAACGUGUCCAGAAAACCUUCCCCCACCCUAUAGAUAAGUGGGCGAUCGCCGACGCCCAGUCAGCCAUCGAGAAACGCAAGAGGAGGAACCCCUUACUUCUCCCUGUGGACAAAAUACACCCACUGCUGAAGGAGGUUUUAGGCUACAAAGUGGACUACCACGUUUCCCUCUACAUCGUGGCAGUGCUUGAAUACAUAUCAGCAGACAUACUGAAACUGGCAGGAAACUACGUCGGCAACAUUCGGCACUAUGAAAUCACCCAGCAGGACAUCAAGGUGUCCAUGUGCGCAGACAAGGUAUUGAUGGACAUGUUUGACCAGGAGGAAGACAUCGGCCUGAUGUCUCAGUGCACAGAGGAGCCGUCCUCCUCUGGGGAGCUCACGUACGACGACCUGGUGAGGCUUGAAAUCGCGGAGGAGCGGCAGUACCUGCGGGAGCUCGACCUCAUCAUCAAAGUGUUCCGCCAUCACUUCCUGUCCAACCCCAAAAUCUUCACGCCUCAGGACGUGGAGGUGAUAUUCAGUAACAUCCUGGACAUCCACGAGCUGACGGUGAAGCUGCUUGGACUGAUCGAAGACGCUGUGGAGAUGACAGCCGAUGGCAGUCCUCAUCCGCUGGUGGGCAGCUGCUUUGAAGAUCUGGCUGAGGAGCAGGCGUUUGACCCCUACGAGACCCUGUCUCAGGAUAUCCUCAGCAGGGAUUUCCACGAGCAUUUCAACAACCUGAUGGCACGACCGACCGUUGGCCUCUACUUCCAGUCAGUUGCAGAAGGCUUCAAAGAAGCAGUUCAGUACGUCCUUCCCCAGCUGAUGAUGGUCCCAGUAUACCACUGUAUGCACUACUUUGAGCUUUUACAGCAACUUCAGGAGCGCAGUGAAGACCAAGAUGACAGAGAAUGUCUGAAACAGGCGAUCACAGCGCUGCUCAACCUUCAGUGUAGCGUGGAGCGUAUCUAUGCCAAGCACCAGCCUCGCCGUAAACCUGGUGAGCCCAUGUACCGCCUGUACAGCAGGCAGGUCCGUAGCAAACAACUCGCCAUCAAACGCAUGAACGAGAUCCAGAAAAGCAUCGACGGCUGGGAGGGGAAAGACAUCGGCCAGUGCUGCAGCGAGUUCAUCCUGGAGGGGCCACUUUUACGAGCGGGCGCCAAGCACGAGAGACACAACUUCCUGUUUGACGGCCUGAUGAUCAGCUGCAAAGCCAAUCAGAGCUCACGGCUCCCGGGGUCAGGCAGCGGGGCGGAGUACCGCCUGAAGGAGAAGUUCGUGCUGAGGAAGAUCCGCAUCGUGGAUCGCGAGGACUCGCCGGAGCUGCGGCACGCCUUUGAACUGACAGGCAAGGAUGAAAACUGUGCGGUUUUCUGUGCACGGACAGCAGAGGAGAAGGCGGCGUGGAUGGCGGCGCUGGUGACUCUGCAGUACCGCUCCACGUUGGAUCGCAUGUUGGACACGGUGCUGCAGCACGAGGAGCAGGCACAUCCUCUAAGACUGCCCUCCCCGGAGGUUUACCGCUUCGCUGUGCAGGACUCUGAGGAGAAUAUAGUGUUUGAGGACAAAGUGCAGAGCAAAACAGGCAUCCCCAUCAUUAAGGCCGGCACAGUGGUCAAGCUCAUAGAGAGGCUCACCUACCACAUGUAUGCUGAUCCUAACUUUGUCCGCACGUUUCUUACCACGUACCGAUCAUUCUGCAAACCACAGGAGCUUCUCACCCUGCUGAUAGACAGGAUUGAGAUCCCUGAGCCAGAACCAACAGAGGAGGACCGACAGGCUCUCUGGAACGGCGAUCAGCCGAUGGCGGCCGAGCUCCAGAGGUUCCGGAAGGAAUAUGUGCAGCCGGUCCAACUCAGGGUUCUCAAUGUUUUCCGUCAGUGGGUCGAACAUCAUUUCUACGACUUUGAGAACGAUCCAGAAUUGAGAAGUCGAUUAGAGGAAUACAUCACCAGCAAAAUUCAACUGAGAGGCAAAUCAAUGAGAAAGUGGGUGGAGUCCAUCAAUAAGAUCAUCAGGAGGAAGAUGCAGACGCAGUCGAACGGCAUUAGUCACAACAUCACCUUCGAGAGCUCGCCUCCUCCCAUCGAGUGGCACAUCUGCAGAGCAGGACAGGUGGACUCAUUCGACCUCAUGACCCUUCACCCCAUAGAGAUCGCCCGCCAGCUGACUCUCCUGGAGUCUGAGCUCUACAGAGCGGUCCGGCCGUCCGAGCUGGUCGGCAGCGUCUGGACCAAAGAGGACAAAGAGAAGAACUCACCAAACUUGCUCCGCAUGAUCCGUCACACCACCAAUCUCACACUGUGGUUCGAGAAGUGUAUUGUGGAGACGAUGAACCUGGAGGAGAGGGUGGCAGUGUUAUCGCGGGUCAUAGAGAUUCUGCAGGUUUUCCAGGAGCUCAACAACUUUAACGGCGUGCUGGAGGUGGUCAGCGCCAUCAACUCGGUCCCAGUCUACAGGCUCGACCACACCUUUGAGGCAAUACCAGAGCGGAAAAAGAAAAUCCUGGAAGAAGCUGUGGAGCUGAGCCAAGACCAUUUUAAGAAAUAUUUGGCGAAACUCAAGUCAAUAAACCCACCCUGCGUGCCUUUCUUUGGUAUCUAUCUAACCAACAUCCUGAAGACAGAGGAAGGCAACCCGGACUUCCUCAAACGUCACGGCAAGGAGCUGAUCAACUUCAGCAAGAGGAGGAAAGUGGCUGAAAUCACAGGAGAGAUCCAGCAGUAUCAGAACCAGCCGUACUGCCUGAAGGUGGAGCACGACAUCAGGAGGUUCUUUGAGAACCUGAACCCGAUGGGCAACAGGAGCGAGAAGGAGUUUUCCGACUACCUGUUCAAAAUGUCUAUGGAUAUUGAGCCACGGAACUGCAGGCAGGCUCCCCGAUUUCCCAGGAAGACCAUGUACACUCUGAAAUCCCCAGGGAUCCGGCCUGUGCGAACGUCUACCUCUGGCCCCCUGAGGAGCCACCCCGUCCCCCUGGAGAGGGAGCCCCCACACAAGAUCACCUUCCGGAGUAUCGCAGAGACCGAGCCGGAGCUGCCGGCGUCGGCCUCAGUGCCCACCUCCCCGAACACGCCGACCCCUCCGCAGUCGGCCUCCUCCGACCUCAGCUCAGUCUUCAUGGAGCACGACCUCAGCAGCUCGUACGGCGGUAGUAACUCCAUAUUUGCUCCUGUUCUUCUGCCGCCUUCAAAGUUCCAGUCGGUGUCUUGUGGCAGCCUCCCCCAGCUCGGAGAGGAGCUGCUCAAGCCGCCACCUCUACCACCGCGAAGGAAAGAUGCAAUGUCUGAAGCCAAACUGAGCUCCAUGUCCGACAACCCUCCAGCCAUUCCUCCCCGGCUGCCCCCUCCUCUCCCCAGGAACCAGCCUCGCCCGCCGGUCUACAAUGGCCCCCCCAUCGAUGGCCCCCUGCCCAGCCCGCCCCCUCCGCCGCCCCGCGACCCCCUGCCUGACACGCCUCCACCGGUGCCCCAACGGCCUCCGGAGAUCUUCAUCAACUACCCUCCACUGCAGCCUUCCCCCGUGGGCCGAUACCACUGGGACUUCGGCAGCUCCCCGAGCUCCCCCAACACCCCACCCAGCACGCCGUCGCCUCGCGUCCCCAGGCGGAGCUGUCCGCUCAGCGCCAGCCAGAACAGCCUCUGCCCUCUCCCCAUUCCCAUCACCGCUCCGCCUGUCCCGCCUCGCCACAACUCCAGCCCGCAACUCCCCAAACUCCCGCCAAAGACAUACAAAAGGGAGCUGCUGCAGCCGCCACUACAAGGCCUCUCAUUGGUGGAGAACACCGACAGCAGCCAGUGAGUCACCACGCCAAGAGGGUGAAAUGCAAACUUCAGACUGUCUCCUGCAAACUACGACACAGUGGACUCAAAGCUACUGAUCAGAAAGAAAAACACUGCUCCACGUACUCUUUAAAACUCCACCCGCCGCCGCCCUCCACACCAACCAGUCGCACCCCCGCUGUGCCUCUCAGGGGAUCAGUAGCUCCCCCUUCAUCACAAACCCUCUGUGCCAAUGAGAAACCCACACCGGUGUGCCAGCUAAUACACAACAACAACAAGGAGUUGAGUGUUUGUGUCUUGUUUGUUCUGCGCGGAGCGAGAAUGUUUGUUCCCGAUAAAAGUUCUCACCCCCCCCCAACACACACACACUUAACUUUACCCCACGUCUCGCUCCUCCAUCACCAGGGUGGGGUGAAUGUUGGAGUGGGGGUGGGGGGGUGGGGGCUUUGGGACUUUGUAGCCUUAACUGUCAUGCUUUGUUUCUUUGGGCAUUGACAUCACCUGGAGUCCUGCUGCAGCUCACGGAUUUUUACGACCUCCCUCCUCCUCCACGAUCAACGCAGACGUAGCUCUUUCACAGUGGGUGUGUGAGCAGCAGACAUUUCCACUGACUUGUGUUUCCUACUAACUGAAAACAAACAGUUGCCAAAGUCUUAUUUUAUGCAGGGGGAUAAGGGAUUUUCUUUCUUUCUUUCUUUCUUUUUUCUUUUAACAAAUGUGACAUUAAAAGAAACACAAACAGGAGGCGACACUGAAAUCCCCCCUCCCCACCCCACCACCACCUCGUAUCUCAACUGUACACUGUGACUGUAAAGACGAGAGUCAAACUGAUUGUUUUUUUUUGUUUGUUUGUUUUCUUUUUCGUCUGAAGACAGGCCUCUCCGCAGCCACAAAACGUUGCCUUUUAAAAAAGAAAUCCAAACAGUGGUGACCUCUGACCCCAGGCUCCAGUCCUCUCAGCCCCCCUACCCCACUCCCGAGAAUAAAAACGAGAGCCAAGAACACUCCAUUUGCACAUCAAGCUUUGGGCAAAGUCAGCAGGUUUUGUUUUUUUUUUUUUGGGUUGACUAGAAAAAACAAAAUCCCUCUGCGGCGGUGUGUGUCUGUGUGUGUGUGUUUCUGCCACGAUAUCAAACAACACCGAUCCAGGACGAAGAGAGACUCUUCGAAAGCUGAUGUCUUAACCGACCCCCCCCACCACUACCACCACCACCACCACCCCACCUCCUCCUUAUAGACGUGUGCUGCUGUCUGACACUGUGCUCUUCUUCUCCAAAAGCCCUCAUGACCAACUUCUUCUUCAUUGGUAUUCAAACUCAGCACUGGAAGCUCGUUCACCUUCCCACCAAAGCUGGAUCAGCUCCCCCUAGUGGCUGCUCCAAAUACCUUAAAAAAAGAGGAACUUUUUAACCCAACUUCUUCUUCUUUAUCUCCUCCCUCCUUUUUUCUGCUUGAAACAUUUUUUGUUUCACUUUGGAAAGACUGAAAUAAUCCAUGCAUCAUGCUCAGAUGUGCCUUUUAUUUUGUUUUCUACUUUACAGAAAUAAGCAAAUGGUGUCUAAAAUGCUAAAAAAUAAAGUUGCCUAUGUAAUGUUUAGAACAAAGCUAUACACUAUGAAAUUGUACAUGUUUGUGGAUACUGUGUAUAUAUAACAUGUAUACACUAACUAAAUAAUUUGUAUAAAGUGGCAAGUUUUCCCCCCCUUGUUGUAUUGUACCCUCAUCCGCAUCUGUUCAGUCGAAUAUCGCCUAAUAAUCCAAUGCUGCUACAGUCGGAUAAAAAACAAAAACAAACUAAAAACUAAAAAAAAACAAAAACAAAACAAGAAAAAAAAAACAGGUCACUGUCACUAACUUACUUACAGACAAUCUCCAGUUGAAACACUGGGAGUAUUAACUGAGGAAAGCCAUUUUUUCUUCCCCCUGCCCCUUUAGCUGUUUUAAAGCAAUGAGAAAAAAAUAUACAGUUCAAUAUGCCAAGCACUUACUUAGACGUGUGCUUCACUUUGUACAUCCUACUAAUUGCCUUUUCUCCUUUUCAAAGACUUUUUAAUGCUAACACUCAUUAAACAGAGGUUGGAAUUGUAUUAAAGUUGCAGCUGAAUAUAUAAAGACGUAUAUUCAGCUGCACGUAUUUGAGCAUAGUGAAGAAUUGGACUUUUUUUUUCUCUGAGAAACACACUUUGUGCACUUUAGGCUGUACUGUUGACGAGCCACAGUUGUUCUAGGUCACGUUUGUAAAAUGCAGUGGUCCUAUGCAGCUGUUAAACUCACUUUCUACGCGGAUCAGGGCAGAAAAACACGAGUCUACCAUCUCACUUUGAUCCCCUCCGAUGUUUGUAACAGACGCAGAAGAAGAAAAAAAAAACACCUGAGGAUGUCUGAUGAUGACCACAAGCUGGAUCUCAGCAGAUUUUUUUUUUAAAGAUACUUCUCGUGUCCUUUUUUUUCUCUCCUCGCUCUGCUCAGAGCCGGCCUCCUGAUCUAAGGGGAGUUUCUGGAGGAUUUUUUUUGAGGGACAGCUGAAGUCACGUCACUUCACUGUCUUCGCUCAUGUUCUGUCCAUUUCCCAAAUUUCCCAAGUCAGUAUUGUUGGGGUAAAUUUUGCCAAGUUUUUGUUUUUUAAGACCCCUCCACCCCGACCCCACCACAGCCCCAACAGAUUAACAGAUUGGUUUUUCUUCCGGUGGCACUGUAACAGCUUGAUCCAGCAGUCGGUUUAUUUGAUGGUAUGUGGCCUUUUAACUGCUUUGUAUUAAUGGUCUUGAUGAGAUUAAUAAAUCACCCAGUCUUAUUUUGUACUGAA